AAGUAGGGGAGGAGGAAGAGGAGGGAGUUGGGAAGGGGAGAAGGAAGAGGGGCAGAAGGAAGAAGAAGAAGGGAAGGAGAAAGAGGAAGAAGGGCAAGAAGAGCGGGAAGGAAAACAAGGGGGAGGAGGAGGGAGGGGAGGGGCUUCGCCGCGGCCUGCUCCUCCCGGCCGGGAUCCGAGGCCACAUGGCUUCGGUCUCCUCUGCGGGCUUCUCGGGCCACGGGGCUCGUUCCCUGCUGCAGUUCCUGCGGCUGGUGGGGCAGCUCAAGAGAGUCCCACGGACUGGCUGGGUAUACAGAAAUGUCCAGAGGCCAGAGAGCGUGUCAGAUCACAUGUACCGGAUGGCAGUUAUGGCUAUGGUGAUCAAAGAUGACCGUCUUAACAAAGACCGAUGUGUACGCCUAGCCCUCGUUCACGAUGUGGCAGAAUGCAUCGUUGGGGACAUAGCACCAGCAGAUAACAUCCCCAAGGAAGAAAAGCAUAGGCGAGAAGAGGAAGCUAUGAAGCACAUAACCCAGCUUUUACCAGAGGACCUCAAAAAGGAGCUCUAUGAACUUUGGGAAGAGUAUGAGACCCAGUCUAGUGCAGAAGCCAAAUUUGUGAAGCAGCUAGACCAAUGUGAGAUGAUUCUUCAGGCAUCUGAGUAUGAAGACCUUGAACACAAACCUGGAAGACUACAAGACUUCUAUGAUUCUACGGCAGGAAAAUUCAGUCACCCUGAGAUAGUCCAGCUUGUUUCUGAACUUGAGGCAGAGAGAAACGCUAACAUAGCUGCAGCUGCCAGUGAGCCGCACUCCUGAGACAUUCUCUAAAUUGCUGCACUCCUGUAACAAACAUUAUUUUUCCAUUUCAUGGUAUUGUGUUUUGCCAUUGUUGGUCUGUUGAUUUCCCUAGAUGUGAGUCUGUUUUCAAUUGUCUGAACUUCAGCGAGAAAUGUGAUAUAACUUGGGCACUAAAAGAAGCCACAAAGCAGAGAGGUAGUCAUGAAAGUUUCAUGGAUGAAGACUGGAGGGGGCAGUGCCUUUUUAUGAACUAAAUAAAUAUUAAAUACCUAAAA